AACAAGCUCAAUGACCUUUACGACACCAUCUCUCACAUGACUGUUGACGAUCUUCGCAUCCAACAGAAUCUCGACCAGGGCAGACAGCUCUUUUCGUUCAACUCGCAGCAUUGCCUCAACCGAAAGGAAAUCAUCCGCAAUCUUCCCGACGAGCUCGACUUGUUCAACCCAGAAGAGUUGCGCAAAAUAGAGUCUAUUUACGAUAAGUUGGGCAAACUCGAUGGCGAUAAAACUGUGCAGUUCAAAUACUUCAAGAGAUACUUGCGUAAAUACGACGAUCCUAUCACAGUACUCAUCCAGCAGUUCAACGGAAUAUCGAAGAAGUUCAAGCUCUUGCGUAGAAAAGAAAUCGACAAUUUGUCGCUUGCUCCUGGAGCAUAUCUCUACAACGAGAAUUUGUUCAACUUGCCAUACAAUGUUGUCGGUUUUGACCGCAGCAUCUCUGGCUUACCAUUGAGAAAUGGCAAACACCGCUUAGUGGACCGGUGCUAUCCCCAGGAGUUUGUGGAAGAUUUGCAAAUGUACCGGACCAAGAUUCCAAUCCACAAACGGGAUCUUGACUUCAUCGAAAUGGACGAAAACUCGACCAAUGUAGACCCAAGCAAGAUUUUAAAGAGUAACCAGCUAGCCAACAAAGAGCUUAGCGGAAAUAUUAAUGGCAACGAGUUGAGUAAACCAGACCAGAUCAACAAUUAUCUUAACAGCAUCUACCAUCAAUUGGAGGUUCCCAAGAACUCCAUUCUAAUAGACUCUGUGGACAACUACAAUUCGCUUGAUCUUCACAACGAUGUAGUAAUCAGGAUAGAGAACGAGGUGUUGUUAAUGAAAAAGACGUUGCAGCACGAAAUCGAAUCACAUAUGAAGUCGUCAUUGAAUUCGCGUUUUCUCAUGUAUAGCAACCAGGAGUUGAAACAUAACCAAUUCAAGUUGUGUGAGACCCACUCCACCAACUCUGUCAAUUCUUCUUCGUUGCUUAUCAUUAACUACCAUCUCAAGGAGUUCUCUAUGAUUCCCAACUACUCCAUUAUCUUAAACUCGAUCAGACAACAGAACAAACUCAGAAACCACUUGUACAAGAUCUUCUUGAUUAACUUGGAAGACCAGAUCGACACCUUGUUCCGUAUCAAGUACUACAAUGAUCGGGACAUGAACAAGUUCAUGAAACGGAUUGUUCAAAAUAUCGGGAAUGUGAUCAAGUUUAAGUUGCUCAAGCUCUUCAAACCAUUGUACGUCAAGGGAGACUAUGACGCUGUCAUCUACAACCCUUACUUGAACAAAUCCAACUGCUUCAAGAGAGUCUACUGG